UGUGGUGCUAAACGUGUUGGAUAUUUUGGGCGUGCUCAGUUUUAUGUUGCUUUGAAGCUCAUUGCAGCUGCUCAGUCUGGUAUCCCUGUACGAAUAGAGAGCAUUCAGAAAGAAUUACCCUUGCCUCUAUUUAUGGCCCUGAAAAUUGAUAAUGAACUGAGGUACAGUCAUCCAGGAGAAGCACAUGGAGCUAAAUUUCAGAUGCCACAUGCAACAGUUGAAAAAAACUCCUUCAGAAGAUUAGAGGAAGGGGACAAGCAGCAAGAUGCAAAGUCUCCCCCUCUGUCUCCCAUUGGUUCGCCACCUGCUUCUCCAUCAAGCUACCAGAGAAUUCCCUUGAGUUAUGGGUAUGGCAUACUGAGGAGUGGGCUUGAACAGCAGCAUGGAGGUCCCUAUGAAGUUAGACAUUCUACACACCAGCAAGAAGGACCAGGGAAUUAUGGGUCCAAAUCAGUACCAGCCCAUUAUUCUCUCACACGGUCUCUUUCAGUAGAGCGAGAGCCACAGGACAGUGGUAGUAAUUACCCAGAUGACCCCUGGAGAAUAACUGAUGAACAACGCGAGUAUUAUAUCAACCAGUUCAAGUCCCUACAACCUGACUUGAACUCUUUCAUUUCAGGUUCAGUGGCUAAGAACUUCUUCACAAAAUCUAAGCUGCCCAUCCCUGAACUUUCACACAUAUGGGAACUUAGUGACGUAGACUGUGAUGGAGCAUUGACAUUAUUGGAAUUCUGCGCUGCCUUUCACCUUGUGGUUGCUCGGAAAAAUGGUUAUCUUUUGCCAGACACUUUGCCAGAGACUCUGCUGCCUGAUUAUCUUCAAGCAGCUUCCCUUCAGACUAAAUGCGACUGUGUGUUGAAUUCUUAUUCAGAAACAUUGUCAGUAGGUCAGCAAACAAGAGACUUCAGUAGGACUGAGCUGGAAACUGUCCGUGAACAUCCAAACAACUCGGAGCCAUUGAUUCUCCUUGAUACAACUUCUGUUGAGCCAGAGACUUCUCUUGAAGAUGCACCUGCUAAAAUUGCCUUGACACAGGAUGCAAUCAUUGAUGACAAACAAGGUCUGAAAGUUAGCACAUCAGCCCAAACAAUACUAAAGGAAUGUAAAGCAUCUCAGCACAUGGCUGUCAAAACAGUUGCUCAGGAAUCAAACACUCUCAAAGCAAGACCAAGGUCUAGGUCUUAUUCUAGCACAUCUAUUGAAGAUGCAAUGAAGAAAGGGGGAGAACCUCCAACUCCUCCACCAAGACCACAGAAAUCACAUUCCAGAGCAUCCUCCUUAGAUCUAAAUAGAAUGUUCCAGCAAAACACACAAGCUAGGGCCGGCUGGCUACCACUGCCCCCUGCUCUGCCUCCCAGGCCUCUUAGUUCACAGGUUUCUCAUCACAUCACAAAUGCUGAACCAAAUGCUCAAAUUAAAUCAAGCUACAAAGACUUCAGACUGGAAGAACAGAUGGAACAAGAAUCUGAGAUCGAAUUACAUUUGCUAACCAACAGAAGCUCAUCACAGGUAGAAGAAAGCAGCCCAGUAAAAAAGGAGGUUUUGCUUACUCAGCCACCCUCAAAACCAAUCCGCAGGAAAUUCCGACCUGAAGGCCAGAUGCUGGAGAAUCAGGAACUUUCUCCCACUAAAAGUGUGGCGUCUUCCUUGGCUGCCGUCAAGCCCCACCAUGCAAUCCCAAGACAGUCCUCAAAACAGAAGAAAGCUAUUCAGACAGCUAUUCGCAAAAACAAAGAAGCUAACGCAGUGCUUGCUAGGUUAAACAGUGAACUCCAGCAACAGCUAAAGGAAGUUCACAAAGAACGAACUACCUUGGAGACCCAGUUGGAGCAGCUCCGACCUGUGACUGUCUUAUGACAGUCUAUAGGAGAACAUUUAUGCCAAGAGUCCUAGACUGAAUCAACAUCACAUAUUGGCAUAAUGUAUUUGCUAAGGCAACAUCACAGAGGAAAAAUGAUGGCCAGAUUUCUUUUGCAUUUCUUUUACCAGUUUAUCUUGCAGGUGGAAAAAGGUACACAGUCUGAAUGUCAAACCUUAUGCUUAUG